AUGGCUAAAGCAUACAUAAUUGAGGAAUUCAACCAAUACAUAUCAGAAAUAUUUAAUCUUGAUUGGAGAGUUAAACAAUACUUAUUCAACAUUGGAUAUGAUAGGUGGACGGUAGUGCAUCCAGCUGUUAACAGGUCCAUGGUGAUGACCUUAAAUACUGUGGAAUCCAUGAAUUCUGCGAAUAAGGCGACGAGGGAUCUACCUAUCUACUAUCUGCUUCACUACUUGAUGAGGCUGGUUGCGGCUUGGAAUAACAGAAACAGAAAUGGCACACUAACAACUGGUACAAAGCUUAGCACAAAGUAUGAAAUAUUGCUGAGGGAAAAAAUUAUUGCGUCGAGAAGCAUGACGAUGUCCACCAUUCAUUGUGUUGAUUUUAGAAAGCUACCAUCGACAACAAUAUUAGGCAUGCAGUACUCCCACCCUUUAAUUGAUGAGUAG